AUGGGCGCGGCACAAGAAAAUGCACUGAUGAAAAUCGCGGCCUCGGACAACACCCUGGACCAUUUGCCUGCCGAUUUUGAUCCCACGGAACUCGUUGUUGCCGACCUGAUGGAUACCGAGCAUUGCAGACGUCUUUACGAUGCGAUACAAGCCCUGAAAAUGAGCGCUAGCGACCUUGUUGAAUACCAGCUCGCAAACCCCAAGAUACCCCAUCCUACCACGCGGGAAGAGAUCGAGAGUGAGAGGAAAAUUGAACAUGAAAUUCAGAAGAAGGAUAGGGCGAUCAAGUCGCAGCUUUCGGCGGUCAAGACAUACUACAGACAGAGUGUCAUGAAAGUGCGUGAAGAGAAGGCAAAAACAGCCGAUGAUAAAGCUGUCAACGACACUUUAAUCUUAGGACUAAGCAAUCUGAAAUACGAAGAACAAAGUCUAAGGAGCGAAAUCGCGGCGGCUGAGAAUUACGACCACAAAUAUACGAAACUCCCUCUCAUCCCGGUGAAUGAGUUCCUCGAUCAAUUCCCCGACCAUCGUUCAACCUCGGAGCAUGACCUCAUGAUUGCGCGGAUCGAACACGAGCACCAAGACCGUGUGAAGCUAGAAGAGCGUCGGCAGGAGAAGCUCAAGCAAAAACAAAAGCUCAUUGCUGAGGUGAAGAAGAGCAAGGAAAACCUCACGAAUUUGGACAGCAUGUACGACAAGAUUGAGGAGGCUAUGGCGCCGAUUCGAAAGGUAUUGGCGAAUGAUGAAUAA